GCUUCUGCCGCUCCUGAAUCUCCGCCGCCCGCGUGCUCCCCGGCACCCAGGAAACGGCCAUGCCGACGACCCUAGAGGGCGGCCCCGCCGCCGCGCCACCGCUGCCCCGCGCGCGCGUGGAGCUGGAGCUGGAGCUCCCGCUCGGCGCGGCGCCGUUCGACCUGGAAGCGGCCGUGUGCAGCCACGGGCUGUUCAUGAUGGCGCCCAACCGCUGGGACCCGGCCUCCCGCGCGCUCCUCCGCCCGCUCCGCCUCGCCUCCGACCGCUCCAGGUCCCUGCUCGCCCGCGUCUCCCGCCACCCCGCGCGCCCCUCCCGCUCCCUCCUCGUCUCCCUCUUCGGCGCCGACGCCCUCUCCCCGCUCGACCAGGACUGCAUCCUCGAGCAAGUGCGGCGGAUGCUGCGGCUGUCGGAGGAGGACGGCAGGGUGGUGGCGGAGUUCCAGGCGAUGCACGCCGCCGCGAGGGAGGCGGGGUUCGGCCGCAUCUUCCGCUCGCCCACGCUGUUCGAGGACAUGGUCAAGUGCAUCCUCCUCUGCAAUUGCCACAGAUGGACAAGAACAUUGGCAAUGGCUACUGCGCUGUGCGAGCUUCAGUUGGAGUUGAGACAUUCAUCUGGUACUGAAGUUCUUGAGUUAAGGACACCUCCAAUCAGGGAGCUUAAAAGGAAGCGCGGCAAGAAUCGGAAUGUCCGUGUCAAGCUAGAAACAAAGUUUACCGAGUUGGAGUGCUUGGAGGAUCCAAGAGUAGAAACCGCGGAGGAUGCAAGAGUGGCAACUGGUACUAGCGAUGUCAUAACACAUUUGGAAACGGAUGAAAAAUCGGCUAGCUUGCCCCAAGUUGCGCCUGAAACAGGCAGUGCAUGUCAGUCAUUUGAUUCUUCAGAGCUCAGCUUGGAAGGUUGCAUUGGAGAUUUCCCUACUCCGGAAGAAUUGGCGUAUCUGGAUGAAGACUUCUUAGCGAAAUGCUGUAACCUUGGAUAUCGAGCGGAGCGGAUUGUGUUGCUUGCACGCAGCAUUGUGGAAGGAAAGGUAUGCCUACAAAAUCUUGAAGAAAUGCAGAAAAUGUCUUUACCAGCUACAGAAGAGCUAUCUACUAUCCCGUCUACCUAUGAAAGACUGAAUAACGAGUUAACCACUAUCUCCGGAUUCGGCCCUUUCACUCGUGCCAAUGUGCUCAUGUGCAUGGGAUUUUUCCACAUGAUCCCAGCUGAUACCGAGACAAUUAGGCAUUUAAAGCAGUGUCAUAAAAUUGCAAGCACCAUCAAAUCUGUUCAUAUGGAAUUGGAUAAAAUCUACGGCGAGUAUGCUCCAUUUCAGUUCUUAGCAUACUGGUUCGAGCUAUGGGGCUUCUAUGACAAGCAAUUUGGGAAGAUCGCUGAGAUGGAUCCGUCCACAUAUAGGCUAUUUACUGCAAGCGCUUUAAAGAAGCAACAUCGGUUAGUUAGGAAAUAGAGCCUUUCUUUCGUUUGUGAAAGGGGCCCUGCCAAAAUCAACUUACAACAUAGAGGAAUUUUGAGAUUGUUGUAGUUGCUGCCUGUUCUAGUAAGCAGAAAGUCCGUAGCCUAUUUUCCCCUUCAUGAAUGCAUCUCAUACUUUAGGGGAACAGAGUCCUGCAAGUUUUUAGUUUGUAGCAUUCCAGACUGAACUAAUGUGUUAUCAGGUACUUCAAUUAAUUUAGUGGUCAACUUUAAACA